AAGUGUGGGGCGGGGAAGGGGGGGGGGGGUAGCGGGUGGUGGUGGUGGUCGCGCGCUCGAACCCGCGGACACGGUGGCGGCAUCGUCGCGCGCAGCGACCUCGGGCGGGCGCGUGCGACUCGGCGUUGCGUUGUAAGCGCCGACAACGGCGGAGUGCGGCAGCGAUUUUCGCGCCGGUGCAGCGCAUCCCCGGAGCGGCGGAGUCGGACGCCUCCACACUUUUUGGUGCCGCUCCUUCGGAGGCUCCGGGCGGACGGACAAGUUCCCCACUUGAGGGCGAAAUCCGACUUCGGAGGAGGACGAGGAGCCGCGGCUCGUCCGCGCGCAACAUGCACGAAUGUCAGAGGAGGCAGAAGUGGAUGUGAGAGACAGAGAGCGAGAGAGGGCACGCGAGUCGACUGCGAGAGGCGGCAGCUGCGAGAGCUCCAUGCAGUUCAGCACGCGACCGGCGAGCGCGGAGCCCACCUUCAUGGGGACAUGGCAGCCCAACGCUGACAGCACGCUUCUCUUCAGAAUGUCCCAGCAGGCCAUCCGCUGCACCCUGGUUAACUGCACGUGCGAGUGUUUCCAGCCUGGCAAGAUCAACCUGCGGACAUGUGACCAGUGCAAGCACGGCUGGGUGGCCCACGCACUGGACAAGCUGAGCACGCAGCACUUGUACCACCCAACGCAGGUGGAGAUCGUCCAGUCCAACGUGGUGUUUGACAUCAGCAGCCUCAUGCUCUACGGCACUCAGGCGGUUCCCGUUCGCCUCAAGAUCCUGCUGGACCGCCUCUUCAGCGUGCUCAAGCAGGACGAGGUGCUGCACAUUCUGCACGGCCUGGGCUGGACGCUGCGCGACUACGUGCGUGGCUACAUCCUGCAGGAUGCUGCUGGCAAGGUGCUGGACCGCUGGACCAUCAUGUCCCGGGAGGAGGAGAUCAUCACCCUGCAGCAGUUCCUGCGGUUCGGGGAGACCAAGUCCAUAGUGGAGCUCAUGGCCAUUCAGGAGAAGGAGGGUCAGGCGGUCACAGUGCCCUCGUCCAAGACAGACUCAGGCAUCAGGACGUUUAUCGAGAGCAACAACCGCACCCGCAGCCCAGGUCUCCUGACACACCUGGAGAGCGGAAGCCCAUCCUCCAGCAUCCACCACUUCGAAAACAUCCCCAACAGCCUUGCCUUCUUACUCCCGUUUCAAUACAUCAACCCUGUCUCUGCUCCCAUGCUGGGCCUGCCACCCGAUGGGAUGGUACUGGAGCCGCCAGGCCUACGGCUGCGGGAGCCCGGCCUGACCAGUCAGGGCGAGCCGCUGGAGAGCAGUGAAUCUGAGGUCUCGCUCUCCCCAUUCCGUGGCGGUGGAGGUCAGAGUCCCAGCCGCGGUGCUUCUGGUAACAUCCCUGGUGCUGUGGAACCCAAGGCCGAACCCAACAGCACCUCCCCUGCUCCCUCUGCCUCAUCUGUGCAGCUGCCCCAACCCCAGACGCAGCCUCCUCAGCAAACACAGAUGCCGGUGCAGCAAGCACAGCAACAGCAACCGCAGCAGCAGUCCAGCCCCUUGGACGAGCACCCCUCCCACCAUCACAACUUCACGAAAAAUGAACCAUCCAAGGGCAUCACACAUUCCUCCUUCUCCUCCAAGAUGCACCGCAUGCGGAGAAUGGGCUCCACCUCUCGCAAGGGUCGGGUGUGCUGCAACUCCUGCGGCAAGACCUUCUAUGACAAGGGCACACUGAAGAUCCACUACAACGCUGUGCACCUCAAGAUCAAGCACCGGUGCACUAUUGAGGGAUGCAACAUGGUCUUCAGCUCCCUUCGUAGCCGCAACAGGCACAGCGCAAACCCCAACCCUCGGCUCCACAUGCCCAUGCUGAGGAACAACCGGGACAAGGACCUGAUUCGCUCCACAUCAGGCUCCGCAACGCCGGUUAUCUCCAGUACCAAGAGUGGUUUCACCCUCACCAGUCCUGGGCGGCCUCCACUGGGAUUCAACACCCCACCCCUUGACCCCAUGCUGCAAAAUCCUUUGGUUUUCCCCUCCCUGAAAUCGGUUCAGCCUGUCCAACCAGUGCCUCCCUUCUACCGCCCACUGCUGCCCCCCGCAGAUCUGGUCAGCCCCCCAGUAUCCCUGCCCACCAGCCCCAUACUGCCUACGACCACCAACAGUACUUCCUUGAUGGAGCAGCAGGUUGCAGCUGUCAACUCCCAUAAUGCCCUGGGGUCAGAGUCAGGACCCAUCACCCACGGCCCAGCUAACCCUGGUCCUCAGGACCCCGCCUCUGACACCAUGCCCAAGAAGAAACCUCGCAAGUCCAGCAUGCCAGUGAAGAUUGAGAAGGAAGUCAUCGCUGUGGUGGAUGAGUAUGACGACAAGGAUGAGGAGGAAGAACACCAGCGCCACUCCCACCUCCACAACAACAUCAACGGCAACUGCAACAACAACAACAACAGUACCAGCAACAGUGGACAUCACAGCGGGAGCAGCUGCCAUCAAUCUCCCUCCCAUGAUGAGAUGAGUCCUGGCCUGGCAUUGAGGAGCAUGUUGCGGCAGGAGCAGGAUGAGUGCCGUGGUGGAGGUGCCGGCGGAGAGCUCCGCUGCAUGGACAGCUUCACCUCUGAGGACCAAGACCACGAGAGGGACUUUGAGAAUGACUCGGAGACCUCCGAGUCAAAGAUGUGCUACCGUGACGACCCCAUGGAUGCAGAGGACCAGCGGCAUGGAAGCUUCCUGGACCGGGAGAAGGAGGCAGAGGAGGACCGCUUGAGGAAGGAGAUGGAGGACAGCAGCCGCUCCUCACCCUCUCCUCAUCAGCCAGUCAUUAAGAUCAAGGAGGAGCUGAACGACCCCACCUAUGACAUGUUCUGCAUGAGCCAGUAUGGGCUGUACAAUGGCACCGGGAGCAUGGCCGCAGCCGCAGCUGCCGCCGCUGCCGCUGCCAGCAUGGCCGCCCUGCACGAGAGCUUCGUUUCCUCCAUGGGCUACGGCGCCAGCCCGCCGAGUUUCUCCUCGCACUCGCCAGAGGGGGACCUGUGCUCCAGCCCCGACCCCAAAAUUUGCUACGUGUGCAAGAAGAGCUUCAAGAGCUCGUACAGCGUGAAGCUGCACUACAAGAACGUGCACCUGAAGGAGAUGCACGUGUGCACCGUGGCCGGCUGCAACGCGGCCUUCCCCUCCCGACGAAGCCGAGACAGGCACAGCUCCAACAUCAAUCUGCACCGCAAACUGCUGACCAAGGAGUUGGACGACAUGGUGUUGGAUCCCCACCACGCUCCUCUGACCAGGGACCUGCGCGCCGAGUUUCUAGCCAAGAUCUACGGCGGCCACCACCUGGGCCUGGAGGCCAUGGGGGCGGGCGUCGGGGAUGCCAAGGGGCUGGGGCGCGAGGACCCCGGUUCUCCCGCAGCGGUUGAGUUCCCCCACGCUAACGGCUUCUACCGGGGUGGGGCCGAUGACUACAUGGUGCUGGACUUGAGCACGGCGUCCAGCGUCCAAUCUAGCGGCAGCGUCCAUUCCUCACGGGAGUCAGACGAGGGCAGCGACGAAGGCAUCCUGCUGGACGACCUGGAGGACACCAGCGACGGGGAGGACUGCCCCCGCAUCGCCGAGGGUCGCGAGGGGCCGCCGCACGAGUCCUCCUCCUCGCAGACGCUGCUCUCGGCCGCUGGGGGAGGUGGCGGCGGUGGCGGGGGCAUCCUGUGCAACAUCUGCCACAAAAUGUACAGCAACAAGGGGACGCUGCGAGUGCACUACAAGACCGUCCACCUGCGCGAGAUGCACAAGUGCAAGGUGCCCGGCUGCAACAUGAUGUUCUCGUCGGUGCGCAGCCGCAACAGACACAGCCAGAACCCCAACCUUCACAAACACGUGCCCUUCGCGGCGCUGCUGGACUAGCCCACGCCACCUGUCGUCCCCUCGCCACGCGUCCCCCCAUGCCUCCAUACUCCCACACCGCUGUAUGUCAGUAUUGGUGCCUGCGUUCCCCUCCGAAAAACAUUAAGAACUUUCCCGUUGCAUAUUACAUUUUUAAUCGCACCUCUUUACUUUAAAAUCUAUGAUUUGAACUGUAUACAUACGCUCGCGUGUAUAUGGACACGCACAGAGAAAACAAUUCACAUAUGUGCACAGAUAAGAGAGCCAAGGAGCUCCCAAAUUUUGUUUCUUUGACAGUGACUUCUUUGGAAGAACAGGAGGACCUUCGCCACCUCUGGAGGCCUUUCUGCAUCCCGAACCUGACAGUGUCAUAGGCCCCCUCUGGCAGAAGCCGCCCCUCCCCCCGCAGUCUUACUUCACCUGUCCACCUCCAAAGAAUCGACUUUGACUCUUUUUGUGACUGUUGCCUGCAGAAGUGAUGAUAAUGAAAAAGAAAUCCUUCUUGAUGUAUUUGUGAAACGAUAGCGUCUAUACGAGCCCUUGCCAGAGCAUGACAGCUUUCUUUGUACAUAGCGUCCCAAGAGGCUAUUGGUGUAAAACAGUUGUAUUGAUGGUUGUUGGCUUAUCGUUUUAUGUUACCGUACAGUACUUCCAGCUCCUUCGGUAGACAGAGGAAGAGGUCCAGCUGGUUCGAUUCAUUCACAUUAGCUUUGACACACACUGAUGCGCACUGAGAGGGACUCCAAAAAAAAAAAAAAAGAAAACGCGGAAGAUUUGUUUUUCACCUUUCUGCAAAAUGUACUGAUGAAGAAGGUGCCGGCAUGCUAUGGGCUCCUACACAGAUUUCCGUUCUCUUCCUUCGUUUGUUUUUCCUGUUUUAUACCUUUCGUGUACCGAAUCAGUCUUGCACUUUGCAGCUCUUCAACGGGAUGUGUAAUAUUCGUACUGGAACCGCGCGACGGUUGGCGGUCUUCGGCCAGGACACAGGGUUGGCGAUGACCAACGUGACGGGAGGGAAUUAUUGCGCCUCCUGCACACGUGUUUGGUCUGUAAACCGUGCCAUGACAGAAUAGCCCACAUUUGGCCAGAAUUUUCAGUUUCAGUAUCCAGCCUAUGAAACAUAUUUGGUAAGACUGCUCUAAGUUAAGAGUAUUGUCCUCUUACAGAUAUAACUACACACAAACGGAGUGUAAAACAUUAUAAAGUAUUAUAAAUUUUGUUUAUGUUAUGUUCUGUUCACCUGUUGUCUAUAGAGGAAUUACCAGUUUUUGGAUGUAUGGCUGUAAUGUAAUAUCACCGAAAUUAGCUGAGCGGUUAAGUAGGUGGGCUUUGAACUGCAUGUGGUAUUUGUGAUCCCCAUCAAGGUUAUUAUACAGAAGUUGGUGAAUGUCCAGUGGUUCGUUUCUAAAGGUUUAGAUGCAAAGCAAAGCAGUUUUCAACACGGAAGUGCUCCCCGAGCAGCACCGCGAACAAAACUAUUGACUUCAACUGUGACCAAAACGGAGCGUCACUGUCUUUCUGCGGCCAAUGUCUCACGAGUGGCACUUACACACUUUGACGCCUUCGCUGUUGUUUCCUCUCAGUCUGUUCAGCUUUGCCUAAAACCAUACAUUUCACCGUCCAAUGUGAAACUUAUGGUAUAAGCAUGUCCAGCGGUGGUGUUGGAGGGGUUCAGGGAGUUAUUAAAGGAGGGCUGUUGAUUUUCUUGUUUUCAUUCUAAGCAGCAAAUGCGCUUGUGAAGAAGACUUGCCCAACGUUCAGUCCUGGGCUGGGUAUUUAGAGGACCAGAAACACGGUAUGAAUGGCACUUCACCAAUGCACAGUAUGGCUUUGGAAGCUGUAGAAAUGCAGCAGAUGGGUGGAGUUUGUCAUCACCUCCUCUCGGCAGCAGUCUCGGUCACACACUCAAACCGCACGGGCCCUUUGUUGGAAAGGAGCUGAGCUGGAAGAGCAGCUGAGCGGGAGCGGGAGCGGCGCGUCGCACGAGCAUCAUUAAAACGGCUGUUACGCUGCACCUGGAGGCACCGCUCCGCUUCCCCAUGAUCUGUCUGAUAACUCACUUGUCACUUUAUUACAUCCAAAGAUGUGAAUGUUGCUGACAGGGCUGUGACACUAACAGAUUCCCUCGUCUCCUUGCCGUCUCCACCCCCCUCUGCUCUCUCGCUAAUGCCCCCCCUCCCCACACGCGCAUAACUGUCUGCAGCUUCUGCAGAGACACAGAGUAAUAGCGUGCACUUAAGUUCAUCAGACGGCCAUUGUGUAUAGAAGGGUGUGUAUUUGCCUCUUUGUCCCAAAUGAAGGGAGAAUAGAGUAUGGCAUCAGGUGGGUGUUGCCCACUCUGAGGACCCGCCCACUCGUACCACAGCCAUUUACUGCAAAAAAAUGCGUGGAUCCCCCGCCCGCCCGAGGUCACCGGUGCCGACGGCCGAGAAGCUGGAGAGGAGCCUUCUGCGUCCUGUGUUAAGGAAUGAUGGAGGGGGUCGGCAGAGGCACAGAGACGUGACAGCAAGGAAAUGGGGUCACAUGUUAGGCAAUUAAGAAUGCAAUUAGAAAUUAAUCAGGAAAGCAUUCGCCACUUAAUUCAAGCGCUCUAAAGAAGGUCUUAAUCAUUGCUCUGCCUUGCGAAACACAUGUCCGACUAUGCGAGAGCUGGAAUAUCGCAGGCGUUUGCCCAAGCGCUCGACCGGAUAUUGCCCCUGGGGUGGAGGGGCGGGGGGGCUCCCUCGCUGGGGCAACAAGCCCAGCUCAGUCCGGCUUGUUGUAAAUGGGCUGAGAGACCCGCUCUGACUCCAAGGCCUCCCAGAGAAGCCGCAACAGAAUGAGAUACUGGGCUGGGGGAGGGGCGGUUUGGCAAGGAACGGGGCAUGGGUGGAGAGGGUAGGGGAUCCGGUCUCCUCUGGGCAGCAGAGACAGACUGAGAGAGACCCGAAGGGAUCUCUGUCACUCAUUUUACUCCAAGUUCCCUGAGAAAGGAUGGCUCGUUUACUUGGGAACAAACUCCAUCCCACUUCUGCGGCCCUCCCCCGAGAGGGGGGAGGGUUGCGUAUUACUGUCCCCGGCAGGGCACCAAAGUACAGAAGUGCACAGCUUUUAAAAGCCAAUGACUGGGCAGGACUGAGUGAUACUUCAAUAUUUAAUAAGGCCGCUGUCAGCUCAGCGUCCAAGAAGGAUGACAAUAAUGCAGUCGAGGGUCUUGAGCAUCUUGCUGAGAGACCCAUUACUGAUAGCAGACGCUUGUCCACUUUGUAUACGUCAAAGAGGAUGAACAUCGGACAUUAAAAUGGUGGCGGUGCCGUUUGUGAGCUCGGAAUAUCGUCCCUUUCGGGCGCACGAAAGAAAGGACUGUGGCUUCACGCAAGAAUGGCAGAUCCUCCUCUGUUUUUGUUGCUAUAAUUUCCUUUUCAGCGUCAGACUGGCACCCCGUUCCCAAAGCAACUUUGUGCAAAAUAACGGCCUUUCUUAACGACAAGGGUACCUUACAAAGGGUUGUACAAGUGACUGCGAUGUCUUGACGUUGUUCUCCUUAAAUCAACGAUCGCAAUUUUCCAAUAAACUUGCCUGAAUGCAUCUGUCUCUUCCCUGCACCGUUGACCAGAAUGUUCCUGCUGUUUUUUUUUUUUCCUAUCACAGAGAAGAAAUGAGCUUGAAAAUAUCUGAUUUUUUUAAACAUUUUCACAAAGAGGUCUUAGUGUAAUCAUGUCGUUCGUUUUCGUGCUCGGUGCCCAUGUCGCCGACGCGGCCGCCUAUCCGAAUCCUGCCUCUCCACACACACACUGUUCUCUCGCUGGCGUAGCUACACACGUGCACCACAAAGUGCAUCCACAUCAGGGGAAGCUUGCAUCGCUUCGAUUUUAUAAUGGUGACAUUGGUAGCUUCAUGAAUACUGUAUGUGACUUAAACCGUUUUUUUCUCCAUUAGUCGACUGAGGGGAGAAUUGUCCCCUUUUUAAUUGAUUUUGCUUUCCUUGUAUUUUCUGUAUCAUAACUGUCUAUUGUUUUGCAUAAAAUGCAUAAGGGUUUUGGGAUGUAAAUGGAAUUUUAUUCAUAUUUUGUCCAAAUACCUCUUGUAAUUUGUAUCAGAAUUCUUGUACAAUUUUUAUAUUAAAGAUUUAUCAGUC